AGGUGAUAGGCAACACAUCAAGAAAUUGGCACCCAACAAGACCCAUGGAUAGAAACUGAGCCACACUUUCAAAUCUGGAAGAAAAACAGAACAUUUUCCAACAUCGAUCUGUCUACACAGAACAUGUCUUUGCGGCAUUCUCUACCGAUCCUCCUCCUGCAGCUGUACAUCCUCUCCGGCGAGCCGGCGGCGGCCAAGGUCCCGGCGCUGAUCGUGUUCGGCGAUUCGACGGUCGACACGGGCAACAACAACUACAUCUCCACGGUCAUUAAGAGCGACUUCGCGCCCUAUGGCCGCGACCUCCAGCUAGGCAGCGGCGGCGGCGGUGACCAGCCCACGGGCCGGUUCUCCAACGGCCGCCUCGCCAUUGACUUCAUCUCAGAGGCUUUCGGGCUGCCACUGCUCGUGCCGCCGUACCUCGACCCGAACGCCAAGAUGAGCAGCCUCGUUACUGGCGCCUGCUUCGCGUCCGCAGGCGCAGGUUACGACAACGCCACGUCUGAUCUUUUUUCCGUCCUGCCACUAUCGAAAGAGCUGGACUACUUCAAGGAGUACGCGGCCAAGCUCCGGAGCUUCCAGGGCGACGACAAGGCCGAGGAGACGCUGUCGGAGGCGCUCUUCAUCGUCAGCAUGGGCUCCAACGACUUCCUCGAGAACUACUACGCCGUGCCGCGCGGCCACGCCGCACAGUACGCGGCGGCGUCCGACUACGCCGCCUACCUGCUCGGCGUCGCGGAGUCCUUCGUGCGCGCGCUGCACGCGCUGGGCGCGCGCAAGGUGGACCUGAACGGGCUCCCGCCGAUGGGGUGCCUCCCGAUGGAGCGCCGCGCGGUGGACGGCGCGUGCACCGAGGAGUACAACGCCGUGGCCCAGGGCUUCAACGCGGGGCUCCGUGCCCUGGUGGAAAGGCUCGACGGCGAGCUCGACGGCGGCGCCAGGGUCGUCUACGGCGACGUGUACGGCCCCGUGGCGGACGUGCUCGCGGACCCGGCAGCGUACGGGUUCGAGGACGUCAGGGCCGGGUGCUGCGGCACGACGGGGCGGUUCGAGAUGGGGUACAUGUGCAACCAGGCGAGCCCGCUGACGUGCGCGGACGCCGGCAAGUACGCGUUCUGGGACGCCAUCCACCCCACAGAGCACCUCCACCGCGUCAUCGCCGAGCGCAAGAUGAACACCACGCUCUACGUGUUCCUAUGAAAUGUGGGACAAGGUUGCAUGAUCUCGCUAAGGACACGGCUAGAUCGUUAUCGAGAACAUGAACACCAAAUCAAUCGAAUAAUCUCUGUGGUUGUUCAACCGUUAAUUGCAACUGUUGAUGGACGACGUACAUGACGUAUGUUCGUGGCUCGUGAGUUGGUGUUGCUGGUUUCCUAUUCUUGGUCAUGCCAUGGCGUGGACGUAAGUGCACGGUGCACCUGCACGUUACCUAUUUAUCUCUUCGUGCAACCACUCAAGUUCUU